UUUUUUUUUUUUUUUUUUUUCUCCACACCCAACUUACAGAAUCAAUUCUUGGUAAAAUUGAAAUUCAACACAAAAGGGGGCAUACAUCUUUCUUUCUUUUUUUACAUUAAUAAAAAAACUCUUUCCACUAAUUACCUCUUUCAUCUGCCCCCCUCCCCACUCUUCUAUUCCACCCCCUUUUCUAAGCUAAAGUACGCACACUUCUUACACAAAAAAAAAAAGACAUCACAUGUAUAGACGCAAUACAAGUUUCAUUCAUCGCAUCCAGUCCAACGUACUCCGUGCUACGUCGGCUACCCUUCGUCCGUCGAUGCUACUACAGCCUACGUUGAAAGUCAUUCAGCCUACGACAGCUAUUCGUUUGACAACGGCUCGUUUUAUUUCCUCCAGCUCUAAAAAUCAAAUUUGGAUUCCGUUUGACAGGAACCAGUUACCCAACAACGAUCCCCGCAGAAGUGAACCCUUCAUUGACGAAACCGAUGUGCUCAUUGUCGGUGGAGGUCCUUCUGGACUGGCUGCUGCCAUUCGUAUCAAACAACUGGCGGAAGAACAGGGGAAAGAAUGCCGAGUCAUGGUGGUCGAGAAAGCAGGUGAACUCGGUGGCCAUACCGUCAGUGGAGCUGUGCUUGAACCGAGAGCGUUGGAUGAAUUGAUACCCGAUUGGAAGGAAAAGGGAGCUCCGUUGAAUACGCCUGUCACCCACGACGCGAUGAAGUUUCUCACAGAAAAGUAUGCCAUCCCUUUGCCUCACCCACCUCAAAUGAACAACAAGGGAAAUUACAUCGUGUCCUUGAGUCAAUUUGUCAGAUGGUUAGGCGAACAGGCGGAAGCUUUGGGCGUGGAAGUCUAUCCUGGAUUUGCUGCGAGCGAAGUCAGAUACAGUCAAGACGGUCAAAGUGUCUGUGGUGUCUCUCUCAAUGACGUUGGCUUGGAUAAAAACUUUGAGCCCAAGGAUAAUUAUGAAAGAGGCAUGGCUGUCAAUGCUAAAGUCACACUCUUUGCAGAAGGAUGCCAUGGUUCCUUAACAAAGGGUCUCGUUAAAAAGUUUGACCUGCGAAAAGACAGUGGUCCUCAGAAAUAUGGUAUUGGAUUAAAGGAAGUCUGGGAAGUGUUGCCGGAAAAGCACCAACCUGGAUCCGUCACGCACACCGUCGGUUGGCCUGCGGAUAGACAUACCUAUUGCGGCAGUUUCAUCUAUCAUUUCGAGCCAGAAAAGCGUCUGGUGACGCUCGGUCUUGUGGUAGGUUUGGAUUACGAGAACCCUUAUCUCAGUCCCUACAAAACAUUCCAACAAUUCAAACAUCAUCCAGCUGUCAAACAGCUGUUGGAAGGCGGUAAAUGUAUUGCAUAUGGUGCCCGCGCAUUGAACGAAGGAGGUUAUCAAUCCAUUCCUCAGUUGAUCUUCCCGGGAGGUGCGCUCAUCGGCUGUACGGCUGGUUUCCUGAACGUGCCCAAGAUCAAAGGCACUCAUACUGCCAUGAAGUCGGGCAUGUUGGCUGCAGAAUCUGCUUUUGAAGCCUUGUUUCCACAAGACAGUGAAAAUUCAGUUGAAUUGGACGCACCUGUGAUGUUGGAUUCCUACGUAGACAGAAUAAAGGAUUCUUGGGUGUACAAAGAAUUGUAUGAAGUCCGUAAUUGUCAGCCAUCUUUCCAUGGCCCUCUGGGUUUGUAUGGUGGUCUUGCUUAUUCCGGUCUUGAGACGAUGAUUUUGAAGGGCCGUGGACCAUGGACAUUCAAACAUAAGAAAGCCGAUUGGGAAUGCAUGAAAACAGCUGCUGAAUCCAAACCCAUCGAAUACCCCAAACCGGAUGGCGUUAUCUCCUUUGAUUUAUUAACCAAUGUAUCACGUACUGGUACGAAUCACGCAGAAAACCAGCCUGUGCAUUUACGUCUUCGGGAUAAAGAUAUACCUGUAGAAAGAAACCUGGCUAUUUAUGAUGGUCCUGAAAACAGAUUCUGCCCUGCCGGUGUGUAUGAAUAUGUUGACGAUGAAAAUAAGCCUGGUGAAAAGCGCCUUCAAAUCAACAGCCAGAAUUGUAUCCACUGUAAGACAUGUGAUAUCAAAGAUCCUUCACAGAACAUUGACUGGACAGUACCAGAAGGUAGUGGAGGUCCUCAAUACGUCUGGACUUAAACACCCCCCUAUUGUGAAAACAAUAAAAGUAUAUCUAAAAGAACGACGUUUUAUGACCACUGUCUUGUUCAAAAUGCACAAUGACCAAAAUAUCUCAUACAUAAGACACUAAGUGGAAGACCAGACGUUUUAUUUUCGAUCCUCUCUCUAACUUGAACUGAUGGUUUGCCCCAUGUUCAUGUUCAUGAGGUUCACAAAGCAAUCAUGGUUGUGUUACGAACAUCCCCAAGGGAGUCCCAUUGCAUGCAAUUUUUUUCUUUUUUUUUUUGUCCAAUGAAAAUAGAGGACGAUUUCGCCAUUUACCAUCUUCUUGAGUGGAUAGAAGAAGUAGUACUUAUGUAUAUAUAAAAUGGAGAGGAAAUUAGAAAGAAGAAUGACAAACCGUUUCCCUUUCCCUUUCCCUUUGCUUCAUCUUGUCUUCUUUUUUAUCACUUUCCUGCUUUUACUUUUUUUUUUUUUAUAUAUACUCUACUGGAGCUUUAUUUUCUUU